UUCACUCAGAAGUCCUCGAUCAGUCGAUGUGUGGCGUAGGAAACCAGCUCAAUAUAAUAUGUUCAUGACGCAUGCCAGUGUCCUGCCUGUGUACCUUAAAUCGCUUAUACGCAUUCAGCUCUUCGGAUAGUUUGCAGUGUCGUUCCUUCGUGUAUCAUCCACAGUCAUCUGUGACAGUAUAGUUUGAAGCAUUAUCAUGCUUCGGUGUUAGGAUUGGUGCACUUGUGCAUAUCUGCACAGAAACAUCUCGAUGUCUUCUGGGGUUGCUGUUAUCAGGAACGAAGCAUCAAGCAGGUAGGGCGACGGGGUAAAUGAUCUGAGCUGGGCUUUCUACGCCUUUCGUGCUUUUUCUACGUGGUUUUGCACUCUCAAAUCUAAGUCAGAAUGACUUCAGCCAUGAGAAAAUCUGACACACGGCCUGUGGACCUCGCACUUCUGCUCGGGUUGAUUAUCAUCGUCGCGUCGACCUGGACCUGCGCUAACGCAGGAGCGUCUACAAAUGAUUUUACGGUUGAUGACUCAGAUGACCGGGAUUUCGACUCGUUCGCGUCGCAAUACUACACGGCCUCUGAGGAAAGUGGAAACGACAUUCUCGACACAGAGUCGAACAGUGAUUACAUUGAUCCAGGAUCAGAUCGAAUAACAUUGGCUUCCAAUCACCCUAUCCAGCCGACUCCGGUGUGGAGAGGCCGGUUCGUUCAGGCGAGAGGCCAGCAGUUCGUGUUGAAUGGAAAAAGGCUAUUUGUGAAUGGCGCUAAUAUGUACUACCUAAUGACUUUAGGUUCGUACCCUGAAGGAAGGCGUCUGGUGACGGAAAUCCUAAGGGAAUCUGCUGGCCUUGGUGUUACCGUCGUUCGCAUCUGGGCUUUUGCCGAUGGUGACGCUAACUACAACCUCCAAACGCGGCCCGGCGUCUACACAGAAGCUGUAUUCCAGGGUCUAGACUAUGCGGUGGCCGAGGCCAAGAAGGUCGGGAUUCGGCUGAUUCUGAGUUUCGUGAACAACUAUGCCGACUACGGUGGCAGGAAACAGUAUGCCACAUGGGCGCAACGCUAUGCAGGGAAAUGGAACGCUAAAGAAGACGAUUUCUACACUGAUGGCACCAUCCGGCAGUGGUAUAGGAAUCACAUCAGGAAAGUUAUUACGAGGGUUAACACGUACACGCGAGUGGCCUACCGCAACGAGCCUGCCAUUUUUGCUUGGGAGCUGAUGAACGAGCCCCGUUGUGAAUCGGACAAGAGUGGGAAUGUCUUGCAGAGAUGGAUUCAGGAAAUGGCUAGAUUCGUCAAGUCCCUUGAUAGGAAUCACAUGCUGGAGGUCGGACUGGAAGGGUUCUACAGCUCGCAGGUGGCUCCGGAUUCGAUCUAUUCACAGAAAGCCAAUCCCGGCCACCCAUCUAAUUAUGCUUCUCAAUUUGGAACCGACUAUGUUCGCAACAAUCUAAUCCCCGGGAUCGAUUUCGCCACCGUGCAUUCAUACCCCGACAGCUGGUUGCCCAACCGCAGCGAGUAUGAUAGGAGGGCGUUCAUGGCGUUGUGGAUUAGGACCCACAUCAGCGACGCGAAGUACAAACUAAACAAGCCUGUAUUGUUCGCUGAGUACGGGAAGUCGGACAGGACCCCAGGCUACAACCCCAGCAAUCGAUACAACGACAUGGCGGACAUGUUCAACGCGGUGUAUGCGUCGGCGAGAAGCGGGGGCCCAGCCGCGGGCGCGAUGGUCUGGCAUUUCGUCCCUAAGUCUCUGAAAUACAAUCUCGCAGAUGGUUACGGCAUCGUUAUAUCGGAAAAUCCAGCGAUCGCCACGCUUAUGCACCGCCAGUCGGCCCGGAUGGCGAGACUGCGCUAGGCCCACCGACUACUGUCCAUACCAGCAUGUAUAUUAGAUCUCACUAAAACUGCCGCACCAUCACCAUUUUUGUUGUAGCAGCAGCAUCAUGUGUUGAUUCUAUUGCUACAACCUGGAGCCCAUUUGGAGGCAAGGCCGAUUCGCAAAGCCGCACGGUUACCUCCAUCUCGUGGUUUCCCCCUUUAGACUAGCCCAUUUGAAUAUCGAUCCUUCCGAGAAAUGAUAUCAAACUUCUAUACUUACAUAAUUAAUGAGUGUAUUCUUUAUCCUUUGUCCUCUCUGUAGAUGAUUGUUAUCACACUGUUCGGUUAGUUUGUUGAGAAGAACGAUGUUAUGUUGUCCUUGUGUGAGUGCCGCUGUUAUCUCCAUGAUGAGAAUCAAAUGUGUAGUUUUAGUUCUAUCCUCAAAUUGUGUGCGUAUUGAUGCACACUUCUCAUUGACUUGA